AUGCUAGCAUGUGAAAGGAAAGAGAAACCAAAUAUGGCCGCCGCCACCACCAACAAAAAGAUGAUCACUGCCUUGCUGUUUAUGUUCAUGGUGGUGAUAGCGUCGGCUGUGCCCGAUCGGGCCGGACAAGUUACGAACCUGCAAGAAGCCUGCAUAACCAGAUGCAUGGACAACUUAUGCCCCGACAAGCCGAGGAGCUAUGCUAUUUGUGCUUUGGAAUGCGAUGGAUACUGUGCAGGUGCCUGCUUUGGAGGUCCUGAAUUCUGCUAUUUCAAACCUGGGAUUCUGAUGAAGCUCUAAAUCAUGCUACUUGUUCCACAAGGCAGCCUUCCAUUCAUCAAUCACUUCAUAAACUAUGCAUAAGAGGGAGGCAAAUAUGUA